CUCAUUUAAACAAUUAUUGGUGACUGUUUCAGUUUCUCAAUAAACUAAUAGACAUUGCUCUCUUGACUUAUAAUUUCUUGAUACAGUCAGUACAGGAAUGCACGAUUGUAUUCCUCUUUCUCUCCAGCAUUCAUCAUUUUCUCUUGUGUUGUUUCUUGCAUCGCCUUGGCAGUAAUCAACACAAGAGAAAUGGCGGACUUGCUUCUACUAAUACCCUGGAAUAAAAUCUUCACUUUUGCAUGUGGCUGCUUUUUAAGCGAUAGAAACUACAUUCACUUGAUGGAGUCAAAUCUCGAUGCUCUGGAGACAACUAUGGAAGAACUUAAGAAUAGACGAGAUGAUCUGUUAGGAAGAGUUUCCGUAGAAGAAGAUAAAGGUUUGCAACGGCUUGCUCAGGUCAACGGAUGGCUUUCAAGGGUAGAAAUUGUUGAAUCCCAAUUCAAUGAUCUGCUUGAGGCUAGAUCAACUGAAACUGGAAGAUUGUGUUUGUUUGGAUAUUGCUCCGAGGAUUGCAUAUCAAGCUACAAUUAUGGUGAAAAGGUAUCGAAGAUGUUGGAAGAAGUUGAAGAACUUCUAUCUAAAAAAGAUUUUGUAGAGGUGGCGCAGAAAAUUAUACGUAAGGCGGAGAAGAAGCAUAUCCAAACCACAGUGGGUUUGGAUACAUUGGUUGAAAUGGCAUGGGAAAGCGUCAUGAACGAUGAAAUAAGAACCUUGGGUCUUUAUGGUAUGGGGGGAGUAGGAAAAACCACCCUCUUAGCUUGUAUCAACAACAAAUUUGUUGAAUUGGAGAGUGAAUUUGAUGUUGUGAUAUGGGUUGUGGUAUCUAACGACUUUCAGUAUGAGGGCAUUCAAGAUCAGAUUCUGGGAAGAUUACGUCUUGACAAGGAAUGGAAACAAGAAACAGAAAAGGAGAAAGCUUUGUGCAUAGACAAUAUCCUUAAUAGAAAGAAAUUUGUGUUGUUGUUGGAUGAUCUCUGGAGCGAAAUGGAUCUGAACAAGAUAGGAGUUCCACCUCCAACUCGAGCAAAUGGAUCGAAGAUUGUUUUCACCACUCGUUCGAAGGAAGUUUGCAAGGACAUGAAAGCUGACAAGCAGAUAGAAGUUGAUUGUUUGUCACCAGAUAAAGCAUGGGAAUUGUUUCGAAUUACGGUUGGAGAUGUCAUAUUCAGCGGCCAUCAGGAUAUUCCCGCACUUGCAAGAAGAGUUGCUGCAAAAUGUCAUGGCUUGCCACUUGCACUUAAUGUCAUUGGCAAAGCCAUGGCAUGUAAAGAGACUUUACAAGAAUGGUAUCUUGCGAUUAAUGUUCUGAAUUCGCUUGGCCACGAGUUUCCAGGUAUGAAAGAAAGAAUUCUUGGCGUUUUGAAGUUCAGUUAUGAUAGCUUGAAGAAUGGUGAAAUCAAAUCGUGCUUCCUAUAUUGUUCUUUGUUUCCUGAAGAUUUUGAAAUAAAGAAGGAGCAGUUGAUAGAAUACUGGAUUUGCGAAGGCUUUAUAAAUCCGAACAGAUAUGAAGAUGGAGGUACCUACCAAGGUUAUGAUAUAAUUGGCUUGUUAGUUCGUGCUCAUUUGUUGAUUGAUUGUGGGGUCGGAGUUAAAAUGCAUGAUGUGAUACGUGAGAUGGCUCUUUGGAUAAAUUCUGACUACGGAAAUCAACAAGGAACAAUUUGUGUGAAAUCUGGUGCUCAUGUACGUCUGAUACCGAAUGACAUCAAUUGGGAGAUUGUGAGACAGAUGUCUUUAAUUAGUAAUCAGAUUGAGAAGAUAUCUUGCAGUCCCAACUGCCCCAACCUUUCAACCCUAUUACUUCCAUAUAACGAGUUGGUGGAUAUUUCAGUUGGAUUCUUUCGGUUUAUACCAAAACUUGUGGUCUUGGAUCAUGUACAUGAGAUCAGUCUUGUUGGGAUAGCAACAACCUUACCAAAUCUGCAAGUGUUGAAAUUAUUUUUUUCCCGUGUUUGUGUUGAUGACAUAUUAAUGGAGGAACUACAGCAGUUGGAGCACUUGAAGAUUUUAACGGCAAACAUAGAGGAUGCCACGAUUUUGGAAAGGAUACAAGGAAUUGACCGAUUGGCGAGUUGUAUUCGAGGUUUAUGUCUACUAGGAAUGUCAGCACCUCGUGUAAUAUUAAGCACGAUAGCUCUGGGAGGUCUUCAACGCCUUGCAAUUGAGAGUUGCAACAUAUCUGAGAUAAAGAUAGAUUGGGAAAGCAAAGAAAGAAGGGAGCUUUCACCAAUGGAGAUUCAUCCAGGCUUCAAGCAACUCUCCACUGUUAAUAUAUUCCGUUUGAAAGGGCAAAGGGAUUUGUCAUGGCUGUUAUUUGCUCAAAAUCUGAAGGAACUAGAUGUGAGAGAUUCACCAGAAAUAGAAGAAAUAAUAAAUAAGGAGAAAGGAAUGAGUAUUACCAAAGUGCAUCCAGAUAUUGUUCUUCCCUUUGGGAACCUGGAAUCCCUUGAGCUAUAUAAUUUGGAUGAACUUAAGGAAAUCUGCUGGAAUUUUCGGACUCUUCCUAACCUUAGAAACUUCAAAGUCAAAAAUUGUCCAAAGUCAAAGUCAAGAUUUUCUCAAGCUUAUAGAGUAAUACGGGUGGAAGGGUGAUGACAAGUGGUCAAUUGCUAAAGUGAAGAAAUCGAAUUAGAGUACCAAUUGUUUCCUUUGUUUCUUAUUGUUUCCUUUGUUUCUUUGUUUGAUUUGCUUCUGCUUCCAGAAAAGGAGGUACACAAGAGACUCCUUCAAGUUUCUUUCAUCUUUCACGUUUCUUUUGCUUCCUUGUGUGUAGGAACCUGUAGUUCCAAGACUGUUUCCUAAAAUAUAAAUGAAAAAGCCAAAAAAAAAAGGCAGAGAAAUUUGCCUGAAGAA